AUGGCGUCACCCCUGCGCCUGUGGGCUGGUCAAGACCUGUGUUUACCCACAAUCCUCCACUCCCACCUGCCCCUGAAACUGCCCCGACCUGCCCCCGAAACUGCCCCGAAAAACCCCCCGACCUGCCCCCGAAACUGCCCCCGACCUGCCCCCGAAACUGCCCCCGACCUGCCCGACCCUCCCCGAAACUGCCCCCCCCUGACUGCCCCGAAAACUGCCCCCGACCUGCCCCCGAAACUGCCCCCCCCCCCUGCCCCCGACCUGCCCCUGCCCCCCACCUGCCCCCGAACCUGCCCCUACCCCCGAAACCUGCCCCCGACCUGCCCCCGAAACUACCCCCGACCUGCCCCGACCUGCCCCCGACCUGCCCCCGACCUGCCCCGACCCCCCCUGAAACUACCCCCCGACCUGCCCCGACCUGCUCCCGACCUGCCCCCGAAACUGCCCCCGACCUGCCCCCGACCUGCCCCUGAAACUGCCCCCCAACUGCCCCCGACCUGCCCCCGACCUGUGAAUAUUUAG